AUGGACGAUCCUUGGGGCUCACCGUGGGCCUCCUCCGACUCUGUGCCCACCACCAAUCUGCCGCCCUUGCCGUCCCCCCCUCCGCCCGCCCAGUCCAAGUCCUUCUUGAGCCUGCCGCCGAAAGCCUUCUUCGCCUCCGGCCCGGGUGCCCCUUCUGCCCUCUCGCCUUGGGCUGACGAUGGUGUCGCUGGCGCCUGGGCAAACGACACUCACGCCGCCGAUGCCGUCGAUACCUCACCCUGGGCUGACUCGGCGCUACCCCUCAGGACCGACUCGCCCGGGAAGCAGCCCUCCCCCAUCGCCUGGCCUGAUAGCACGGCGACGUCCCCAGGUUUGAGGCCCGCCCUCCGGUCCCGCGCUUCGUCCGUCUUCCGUCAACACUCACCUGAUCCUUGGGCCGUUGAGUCGCCAUGGAACGACCCUGCCGACAUACAGUCGCCAUCCCCCACCGCGCACGGCAGGGACCGCGACCCGCCGCAUGGGGCCACUACCACUGCCGUCGUCAUACAGGUCGAUGGGCCAACGGCGAGCGAGAAGGAUGAGAUCACGGCUUCCGAACAGAACGCAUCGCCUCACACGCAAAAGGAGGACCCGCUGGUUGCGGGUGGAUCCGGCCUGUCUGUCGACAAGUCCAGCGUACGUAAGGCGACGGCUGUGGCAGCAGUCGAAGAGAGGGAGCCUCCAUCACGGCCAUCAUCCGCUUUUUCUGUCGAGACCGAUCGAUCGUUCGAUCGCCAAGAUUCUCCCAUCACCUCAAUCGAUGAGGAUACCAAUACCCGGCCCCUACGACCGGCAAGAAAGGUUUCUGGCAAGGUGUCACAACUCGUUGGUCUCUUCGAUGGGCUCGCCCGAGCCACCUCUGAAGAACCAGAAGUCCCCAACCCAUCUAAAUCCAGCAGCCGUCCACCAGGUUCUUCCGAGUCCGUAGCAGACACAACCACUCCCAAUUCCAACGACUUCAUGCCCGAGCUUCAGGAGCGUUUGCAGGAGUCCGAGUCAUCUCCAUCCUCUGAUAGAUCUUCGACCCCUAGGGCCAAGCUCAAGGACGAGUUCAGCCCCGUUGCCGUUGCCAGGGCAGGGAGUGCCGAGUACCGUACGCCUAGGCCGAAGAGAUCUACGGUGCCUGUACAAGAGCUGAUUGAAAAAUUUGGCGUCAUUAAAUUUUCGGUGGAUUUGGCAAAUCUGGAGCAACUCUAUGCGGACGCGCCGGGGCUCACAGGAGACGAAGUCGGAUCAAUCGAUGACCCAUUGGACCGCAUCGUGACCGACAGUUUCGAUAGCAUUGGAGAGCGCAAGGCUUGGUAUCGUGUUUCUCGCUAUGGCUCAAUGCGCAAACACAAUUCUGGUGACGAAGAAAACUACCACAAUGUGUCAUGGCAAGCCUCAGAGGUCCGCACCGAUACCAUCAAAGUCGUGAGGAGAUGGAUGGAGGAGGACUCGAUCUCCGGCAAGCCGUCGCUCGGUGGCGGCAAGCGAUCCAGUGUUUUCAAUUGGGAUUCCUCCGCCGCACCCGUCGGAUUAGACCAAGUGUUCGCGCGCAAACCAGUGGCGGCGCACUCGAAAACGAAUUCCAUCUCAUCACCACCGCAUAGUCCAGCCUUCUCUGUGGGUUCUCGGGGUAGCCUUGUUGGCCAGCAGAAUGCUACUGGUGGAUCGGUGGGCUCACUCGGUCUUGUGGGCUCAAGUACCUCUUCGCCCUUGGCCAGCUUUGGCUGGAGUUCAGCCUCCGUGCCCCCGGCCAAUGCUCCCCUCGCGCCACGGAAUACCACCAGCUCAGCUCUGAAUGUCCCAGAGCCCCUCCAUCUAUCGGACAGGACGAGCAGUCCUUCUUUUCCAACACUAGCCGCACCAUCUUCCAGCGGGGGUCCUCGCGCUCAGCCAGUCGUCGGUGGGAGACACGCAAAUCGUGAGGACGGCGGCGGCGGCGGCGGCGACGACGACGACGGUGGUGACGAUGAUGAUUGGGGUGAAAUGAUAUCGCCUUCGCAGGAAGCAUUCAAGGGCGGUGAAGCACGUCACAGCCUGGACGAUGCAACGGCGCCAAUAACUCAAAUUGCCACUGAAGCCAGGAAACCCCCUGAGAACCCAGACACGCCAGAAAUAUCUACGGAGGUGACCACCAACGUACUUAGCUCACAGGUUGAUAUACAUGUGUCAGCAGAUGUCACGCCAGAUAAAUCACAACAUUCUUCGUCGGAGGUUUCACCACCUCACGGUACCGAUCCUUGGGCCUCUGCGGACUUCUCUCUGUUUGAUACUACGCCCACUACGGUCAGAGCAGGCGUUGUCGCCGCCCCGUCCACGAGCGGAUCGUUGCGUGCUGAUCCAAGCCCAUCUUCAAGAGGAUCUUCACCCUGCCCUCCUAUCUCGAAACCCAACAUUCUAGCACCACCAAAUGUAGCUCUCGGGCCUGUGCAAAACUCGGAGGGAGAGCAGCAAGCUGUCUUGUUGGUGCGACAGAUCGUACAGAAUCUGCCUGACCUAUCAUAUAUGUUGCGAUAA